AUGAAAUUGACUUUGACUUUGCUAGUAAUUAUAAGCUUGUGCCUCUUUGCCCUGGCCUUAGGCAAUGUGGACACGGAAGCCACCAAGCCGCCAUUUGUGCGCAGUCGCUAUAGUCUACGCUGGCGUCGUACCACUGAGCCAUUACCCAAGGAACUAAUGGUCACCUCCACCGAUCAUCCCAAGGCCUCGGCAAUGGUCACAUCGACGGCUGGUACGGAUUAUGAUUACUAUGGCAAUGGCGAGGCCGAAAAUAUAGUGCCAAAAGUUCAAAAUUAAAUCGGAAAUCAUAAUCAGAUAAUUAUAUUAUUCAAACACCAAUAAAAACUUAU